UGGCUCGGGGUCACUAUGGUCCAUUCCCCGGAUCUCGGUCCGGGGUCCCUGCUGUGGGGCCCACGAUCCCCACCUGUGCCUUGCUGGCUGGAGGGUGGCUGCUCUUGUAGGAACACCUGGUCUCCCUGGACACUUUUCCAGCCCACCUCCCCCACCCACUUCGACCUGUGGAGUCAAAUUAGGGCUUUGUGGUGUGUGGGGGUUAUAACUCACAUGGCUGCAGCCAGUGUGACUCCCCCUGGCUCCCUAGACCUGCUGCAGCCUGGCUUCUCCAAGACCCUCCUGGGGACCAAGUUAGAAGCCAAGUACCUGUGUUCAGCUUGCAGAAACAUCCUACGGAGGCCCUUCCAGGCCCAGUGUGGUCACCGCUACUGCUCCUUCUGCCUGACCAGCAUCCUCAGCUCUGGGCCUCAGAAUUGUGCUGCCUGUGUCCAUGAAGGCCUGUAUGAAGAAGGCAUUUCUAUUUUAGAGAGUAGUUCGGCCUUCCCAGAUAAUGCUGCCCGCAGGGAGGUGGAGAGCCUGCCAGCUGUCUGUCCCAACGAUGGAUGCACCUGGAAGGGAACCUUGAAAGAGUACGAGAGCUGCCAUGAAGGACUAUGCCCAUUCCUGCUCACUGAGUGUCCUGCAUGUAAAGGCCUGGUCCGCCUCAGCGAGAAGGAGCACCACACUGAGCAGGAAUGCCCUAAAAGGAGCCUGAGCUGCCAGCACUGCAAGGCACCCUGUAGCCAUGCGGACCUGGAGGUACACUACGAGGUCUGCCCUAAGUUUCCCUUAACUUGUUAUGGCUGUGGCAAGAAGAAGAUCUCUCGGGAGAAGUUUCAGGACCAUGUUAGAUCAUGCAACAAGUGCCGGAUUCCAUGCAGAUUCCACUCCAUCGGCUGUUCUGAGAUGGUGGAGAACGAGGAACUUGAAGGUCAUGAAGUGCAGAGACUACGGGAGCACCUGGCCCUGCUGCUGAGCUCAUUCCUGGAGUCCACGGCCUCCCAGGGAAGCCAGAACCAGGCCAAGGAGCUGCUGCAGCAGUGCCACACUUUGGAGCAGAAGACAGCCACCUUCGAGAACAUUGUCUGCGUCCUGAAUCGGGAAGUAGAGAGGGUGGCAGUGACUGCAGAGGCGUGUAGUCGGCAGCACCGGCUAGACCAGGACAAGAUUGAGGCCCUGAGUAACAAGGUGCAGCAACUAGAGAGGAGCAUUGGCCUCAAGGACCUGGCCAUGGCUGACCUGGAGCAGAAGGUCUCAGAGUUGGAGGCAUCCACCUAUGAUGGAGUCUUCAUCUGGAAGAUCUCAGACUUCGCCAGAAAGCGCCAAGAAGCUGUAGCUGGCCGUACACCCGCUAUCUUCUCCCCAGCCUUCUACACAAGCAGAUAUGGCUACAAGAUGUGUCUACGAGUCUACUUGAAUGGCGACGGCACCGGGCGGGGAACUCAUCUGUCUCUCUUCUUCGUGGUGAUGAAAGGCCCCAAUGAUGCCCUCUUGCGGUGGCCUUUUAAUCAGAAGGUAACAUUGAUGUUGCUGGACCAGAACAACCGGGAGCAUGUAAUCGACGCAUUCAGGCCUGAUGUGACCUCAUCCUCCUUCCAGAGGCCUCUCAGUGACAUGAAUAUCGCCAGUGGCUGCCCCCUCUUCUGCCCUGUGUCCAAGAUGGAGGCCAAGAAUUCCUAUGUGCGGGACGAUGCUAUUUUCAUCAAAGCUAUUGUGGACCUUACAGGACUCUAGCCACCCCUACUAGGAAUAGCAGCUCAGUGAGGAGCUGCCACACUGGGCCAGGGCUCUGCCACACAAGGGUGGGCAGGCUUGGUGCGAGUGCUGGGAAGGGCCUCAGCCAGUCACCAUCACACAGAAAGGCAGGAAGGAGCCUCCAGUUGGUCCUCAACUGGUAGACUGAGUGGAGGGUCCAUUCAGCUCGGUCCUUGUGGGACCGGCUGGGGUCUUCUCACCUUUCCAGUAGAAAAGCUUUUGCUGUCUUUUCUGUCUGGGGAAGGGAGAGGCCCUUGGGUGGGGUACUUAGAAAGACCUCUCAAGAGAGCUUCAGAGUCACACCAGCAACAAGAGUAUGGUGUUUGACCUUACCUGCUCUGGCUUGUGGAAAGGAGGUAGGGGCUGCACAGGAGAAGGGCAUCCACCUGCAGAGCAUAGCCCAGGAGAGGAACACUCUCAGACAUAGACAUACAGGAGAAGAGCCUGCUUGGGCUGCACAGUCCUGCCAGUGGCCUGUAUUGAGGAGAAGCAAUUAAACUAUUCAGAUGUC